AAAACAAUUUAUUCCAGAACUUGUAUUUAGUAUUGUUUUGUUUUAAUUAUAAGCCAUAGUAUGAUAAAAAAUUACACAAGUACCCAACAUCCAUCCAACCACCUACCCACCCACCAAAUUUUGUAUGUGUUGCUCAAGCAACACAUCCACCAUAGGAUAGCCGCCACUGAAUUAAUGUAGAUUAGAAUAGUAGGUAUACAUAAUUAUAUAUUGAAAAUUAUAAAUAACAUUUAAUUGAUGCAUUAAUAAAAUUUAUUUGGUUAAUUAUUCAUAUCAUAGGUAUAAUAGAUAAAUAUUAUAAUUUGUACCUAUAGUGUAAAUUUCUUCUAAUUUUUUUUUUAGUUAUUUUAAAUGUAACAAAGCGCAAUCUCAUUUUUGUAUGGGAUCCAUUAAAAAAUCAAUAGAUGGAACCAUAAGUAUUGUAAAAAGACAUAAUGGUCAUGCAAGAGAACCAGACAACACAAUUGUUGUAAAUAACUUUAGAAAUGUAUUAAAACAUCGGGCAGCAACAGAGAAUGCAAUUCUAAAAAAUAUAUAUGAUGAAGAAGCGAGAAGGUAGGUACCUAACUACUAUAUAAUUAUAAUCUAUAAUAAUAAUCUUAAUAUCUAUAAUUACAUUUAUAAACACUAAUUAAAAACAAUAAAUAUUAUAUAUUAAUUGAUUCUAUAGAGACAUGGUAGCAGCUGCUCUUUACCCGUGGUCAACAGCUGAAUCAAUUAUGCGUUUGGCCAGGAGAAAUUCCCUACCAAGAUUACCUGCAAACUUGAGGGCGCUGGCAACAUUAUUUGAAGAUGGCCAGUUACAGAGAUUUGGGUGUUGUGAUGCUGGUCUUUUUAAAGGAUGUAUCCAGGAUAUAGAAAAUAAAACAAGUGUUAUUUUUGCAUGUCCGCAAUUGAUUAGAUCUGUCCUAGAAAAUAAUAUUCAAGAAGUCCAUGCAGAUGCUACUUUCAAAGUUGUCCCUGCAAAUAUGGGGUAUCAGUUAUUAACUUUGCAUUGUAUGAUUCAAAACUAUUCUAUACCUAUCAUAUACGUCCUUAUGGAAAAGAAGACACGGAACUCCUAUGAAUGUGUUUUGCGGUUCAUAAAAAACAAUUUACUGCCAACAUUGAGGCCAGAUGUUAUUAUUACGGAUUAUGAAACUGCUCUAAGAGAUGUCUUAGAAUCAACAUUUCCAGGAGCCCGAUCUGUUGGUUGUUGGUUCCAUCAUAAUCAAGCCGUGUGGAAAAAAAUGAAGAACCUGAACUACUUAAAUUAUAUUAAUAAUAAUGAAAAUGCCUUAAAAUCUGUACGAUUGUUGAUGUGCCUUCCUUUAUUACCAGCUCAUAGUAUUGAAAAUGGAUUUCUAUUGAUUAUGGCAUUUGCCCGAAACCAUGCAGUUCAUUUAGACAAUUUGUUUAAUUAUUAUCAAAGAUAUUGGUUAAGGAACGUUGGUCCAGAAAUUGUUUCUGUGAAUGGACUACCACGCAGAACCAACAACAAUAUAGAAAGCUUUCACAACGCUUUAAGAAUGAAAUUUUCAGUUAACCACCCAAGUUUAUGGAUAUUUUUGGACCAUUUAACUCACUUGAAUAAAAAUUACCACGUCAUCGUAAAUCAACUCAACAAUAACCUAGUUCCAACAAGGCAUUUACGGAUUAAGUUUUUGGUAAAUUCAAGAAAAAUAAAAACUGCUUCUGAGCAGUUAGAUUUAGGCCUAAUAUCUAUUUGGCAAUUCCUUCAACGCUGUUCUUAUGCAAGUGCUGCAUAUGAACAAAGACAAAGAAAUUGGGACCUAAAUAAUGUCGAAGAUGCAGAGGAACCAAUUUUAGAUGAUCCACAAAUAAAUAUACCACUGGUUAUGCUACAUGAGCCAAUGGAUAACAUUCCUAUGCCAGUACCACAGGAGAGGGAAGUAGCCGAAUUGCCUUUAGAUGCUAAUAAUGAUCCACAAGCUGCAGAAAAUAGGUCAUUAUGUAUGGUGUGUAUUGAGGGAACAUUGGGACACAAUGAAACAAAAUAUAUAGUUAUUCCAUGUGGACAUGCUUGGAUAUGCCACAACUGUAUGAUUCAGUUAUCAACAGGACAUAAUGCUGUUUGUCCAAUAUGUCGUACUGAUCAGGUGUCUUUUCAGCGUAUUUUCUUUUCUUAAUUUUUUUCUGGCUGCU